ACUGUUUGUUUCAGCCUCUUAAUGGUUCAGAUGUCUGAAUGGUUAAGAGAUUUGCCUCUGAAUGGUUAAGUAUUAUACAGAGUCUGAAUGGUUAAGACCUCUUAUCUGAAUUGAUCAGACAUUUGCCUCUGAAUAGUUAAGCAAUAUACUAGCUCUUAAUGGUUCAGACCUCUUACUGGUUCAGAACUUAAUGGUUCAAACCUCUUACUGGUUCAGCACUUAUCUAUUCAGAAGUUGCCAAACAGCCUNUUCAGACUGUUUGUUUCAGCCUCUUAAUGGUUCAGAUGUCUGAAUGGUUUAUCAUUUAAUGAUUUAUCACUAAUGAUUCAGACUGUUAAUGGUUUAUCACUUAAUGAUUCAGACUGUUUGUUUCAGCCUCUUAAUGGUUCAGAUGUCUGAAUGGUUAAGAGAUUUGCCUCUGAAUGGUUAAGUAUUAUACAGAGUCUGAAUGGUUAAGACCUCUUAUCUGAAUUGAUCAGACAUUUGCCUCUGAAUAGUUAAGCAAUAUACUAGCUCUUAAUGGUUCAGACCUCUUACUGGUUCAGAACUUAAUGGUUCAAACCUCUUACUGGUUCAGCACUUAUCUAUUCAGAAGUUGCCAAACAGCCUCUUAGUCUUCAUUCUCAUGUAAAAUAAAAUUCAUAUCAUAAAUAAUACUCCCUCCGUCCGCCUAAGAUGUUCUCAUUUUGACUUUUGGUGGUUUUUAAGGAGUGUUGAAAAAAGGUGAAAGUUUACCAUAAUACCCUUAAUGAAAAAUGGGUGGAGUGUAUUAAAUGAGUGGAGUUUACCAGGAUUAGAGAUUUUGCUCAUUGAUGUUAGCUAGGGUUCAGAGCGCAGUGAAAUUCGUCCGGCAAUCCAUGGAAGUCGUCAACAACAAUUCCAAACGCAAACGCAACGCCGACGAGUACGAACAAGAUGGAUACGGAGGCGGCCGGCCGGCACCUCCGGACACAACGGACGGUGGAAUUGAUCUCUCCCUCCUCGAAGCCCUUGAAAAAUCGCAGCAGGUCGCCGUCGAGGCUCUCGACCAGAAGACGGUGAAAAAGCUCGUACUCUCAUUCGAACGCCGCCUCAAAGAAAACAUUGCAGCCCGGCUCAAGUAUCCGGACCAGCCAGAUAAAUUCGUGGACUCUGAAAUGGAACUCCACGAUGAGAUUCAGAAACUGAAAGUAAUGGCAGGUGGACCGGAAUUCUACCCAGAUUUAGUAAAUCUGGGCACGGUUGCUUCCAUUACCAGCUUGAUUAAUCACGAAAACACAGAUAUAUCCAUAGACGUUAUUGGGCUGCUUCAGGACCUCACUGAUGAAGAUGUUCUCGAGGACAAUGACGAGCCGGCUCAAGUCUUAGUUGAUGCUCUCAUUGAGAACAAUGCUCUUGAGCUGCUUGUUCAGAACCUCAGCCGAUUAUCUGAUGCCGAUCCAGAUGAAUCUGCAGCAAUAUACAACACUUUAGCUACGAUUGAAAACUUCAUUGAAGUGAAGCCAUCAGUGGCGGAGCUUGUGUGUGAGAGAACCAAGCUUAUGAAGUGGUUAUUGAGUAGACUCAAGGUGAAAGAGUUUGACAGCAAUAAACAAUACGCUUCUGAGAUUUUGGCUAUUUUGUUGCAGAGUAGCACGGCCAAUCAGAAGAGGUUAGGGCAAAUGAAUGGGGUGGACACAAUUUUGCAGGCUGUAGCAGCUUACAAAUCGAAGGACCCCAAGACACCCGAUGAGGAAGAGAUGGUUGAGAAUUUGUUUGACUCACUAUGCUGUUUGUUAAUGCCAUUGGAGAACAAAGAAAGAUUUGUGAAGUCUGAAGGAGUCGAGCUCAUGAUAAUAAUUAUGAAUCAAAAGAAGCUAUCUUAUGGUUCUGCAAUAAGGGCAUUGGACUUUGCAAUGACUAAUUACCCCCCAGCGUGCGAGAGAUUUGUGGACGUGAUGGGGCUAAAGACUGCAUUUCCCGCUUUCAUGGGUAAGCUUCCUUUGAGCAAAAAGAACAAGAAGCGCUACAAGGAAGAAUUGGAAGAGCGCCUCGUAUCACUCAUUGCAUCAUUACUUGGUGGAAUAUUAAGAGGGUCUAGAAGAGAGAGAUUGUUGAGUAAAUUUGUGGAGAAUGAAUGUGAGAAGAUAGACAGACUUAUGGAAUUAUACAUGAGAUAUUCUACUAGAGUGAAAAAAGAAGCUGCUAAGUUUGACCAGCUUGAACUUGAUGAUUUGGAGAUGGAUGAAGAUGAAAAAUACAACAGAAAGCUAGAAGCCGGACUUUAUACCCUUCAGUUGAUUGCUGUGAUCCUUGGUCAUCUGUGGACUUCUGAGCAUCCUCGGAUCCGAGCAAGGAUUGAGCUACUGUUGAAGCAGCAUAAGCUCACCAAGCAGGAUGUGAAGGAUAUACUCCAGGAAUAUCAUGACAACAUUGGCGAUUUCAGCGGACCAGAGGAGAAGGAGAGGACGCAAUCAAGAAUCCAAAGGUUCAUAUCAGCCCUUUGAAAUUUGAAUAUAUGCCUCUACUUAAUUCAGUCUGAGUUUUCUUAUUCAUGGGCUUCUUUUUUGUUUGUUUGGAAGCCUUUUGAGAUUUGAUCAUACCAAAGGUCUUUGAGAUUUGAUCAUACUAUUUGUAUGCCCCUUUGUUCAUUGGUGAGAAUGAAUGAACUCCAUGAAGGGUGGCCUAGUUGAGUGUCCAUAUAGAAAAAACUGAUUGUAGUACU